AUGGAUGACGGCUUGCGUAAAAGAUGACUCGAAGCCAUUCACAAUGACAUCCUUUCGCCGAUCUAUUUUUCCAACGUCGAAAAUUUCCCUUACAAUGAAAAUCGUCCAUUUACUCCUGAUUACACUAAAGUUGCUGAAUUAAGAUUGAAGGACUUUUCAGCAUUUAGCCAUACAAAAGCUGAACUGAGGGAGUAUAUUCUGCAUAUUUUUUAUGAUUUACUAUGCAUUUUUUAAUUAAAUUUCAUUUUAUAUAAUAUUUCUGUUAAACAAUACAUAUUGCUUAUAAAAAGGAAUAGAUACCUUUCAUAUUGACGUAUGCAAAAUGCAGAGACUUAUAUACGCACUCUGUGAAAAUUAUCAAGAUAACCCAUUCCAUAACUUUUUCCAUGCUUUUUCAGUAGUCCAGAUGAUCCAUUCUAUAGGAGAGCAUGUAAAUAAAUACCAAGAUCUCCUCGACAACCGUGAACGCUUUGCUUUACUUAUCUCAUCAUAUGGCCAUGACCUAAAUCACCCAGGUGUUACCAACGCAUUUAUGAUUAAUUCCCGACAUCAACUAGCGAUCAGAUACAACGACAUUUCAGUUUUGGAAAAUCAUCAUGCGGCUACUCUGAUUCAUUUUCUUGAACUGAGCGGGUGCGAUAUUUUUUGCAAUUUGUCAUAUGAAGACCAGACUUAUAUGAGAAGGCUCAUCAUCCCUACUAUUUUGGCCACUGAUAUGGCCAAGCAUAAAUCUGUGAUGGAAAAUUUCGACCGAACAAUGCGAGAAUUCAACAAAGAAAACCCAGUCCAUAGGCAAAACGUGAUGGAUAUGCUGCUACACUCCUCAGAUGUAGGCAAUCCUACUUAUAAAUUCGACUUAGCCACAGUGUUCUCUUUAAGAAUUAUACAAGAAUUCAACCAGCAAGUCAUUCAAGAAGAACAAAGAGGACUCCCGGUGUCUGAAUUCCUGAGGGUGGGGAACGACAUUAAAAAGAUCAAGCAAAAUCAAAUGGGCUUUAUUGACGCUUUUAUAUAUCCGCUAUGGAAACUUUUGUGUGUUCAUAUUCCACAAACGCAAGAAUAUGUAGAUGCUAUAGAGCAAAAUAGAAAAAUGUGGGAAGAGUUAGAAAAAUUAUAA